AAAUAACCAUCACCUACACCUACAACCGAUCACCACCGCACCUUUAAAACUAUGUCGGAAUCCAUGGUGGUUCACCACGGCGGAUGCCACUGUAAACGCGUGCGAUGGCGCGCCCAAUCACCACCCAACGUCGUCGCAUGGUGGUGCAACUGCUCGGAUUGUACCAUGAGACAAAACACUCAUUUUGUCGUUCCUUUCGACCGAUUCGAGCUUCUCGGAGACUCCGAGAAGUUUGUCACCACCUACACUUUUGGCACUCAUUCAGCAAAGCAUACUUUUUGCAAGGUUUGUGGGAUAACAUCCUUUUAUACAACGCGGUCCAACAGCGGAAUCGCGAUUACGUAUCGGUGUGUCAAUCCGGGGACGUUGAAUCAUGUGGAGGUGAAGCAUUAUGAUGGGGUGAAUUGGGAGAAGUCACAUAAUGCAGAACAUGAAUGAUUUCUCAAAGGUAAGUUUGGUGUAAGAGUUUAAGGAUUCGCAAAUAUCUCAAAACUUGUGUUGUAGUGCUCUUUUUUUUUUUCGUGUAAUACAUGUUUAUAUUAAACGUAGGUAUAUGCAAAAUAAUAUCGUUUAAACUAUUAACUAGUUUAACUUA